AUGCCCUGUUCCACAAUAAACAUUGUUAUUUCUAAUCAGGUUCUACAAGAAACAAUUGUAGAGAUAGCACAUCGGCUUUUACGAGAUAAACUUAGUAUUUGGGAUAUAAGAGCUGAAGCUUAUGCCUUAGCCCUAUCAGCAAAAAAUGCCAAUGCUGAUUCAUCACGUCUUUCCCAACUCCAAAGAGAAUUAAAAAGUCUUGACAAAAAGGCUGAAGCUAAUCAUAUUGACUAUCCAGAUUAUUUUACGUUAGAAUCGGUCAGAGAAAGAUUGAAUAGUUAUGAUGUAUCUACUUUACUCGACUUACAAGCUCUCGCAGAUGUUAUGGUGAUGCUUUGUAUUCGUCCUGCUGAACUUACAACUUUGUGUAUUACAGAUGCUAAAGUAAUAGGAUAUGUGAAGAAUUGGGGUCAACCAGAUAUUCCUAGGAAAUUUAGAUCUAUGAAAAAGAAUCAAGAGCAUGCCAGAGAAUUACUUAACUGGAUUCAGAAUGCUAUAUCUUCCGGUCGAAUGGGUGAUCCAGACAAGUCAGGAGUUAAAUGGUUCAAUAGAUUCUUAAAAAAUUAUGAUCUAAUUCCUAAAUACUUACAAAAAAUAGAUGCCAUUUAUAGUGUAGUGGCACAUGAGGCUAAGAAUAUGGCCCAUGCUUAUAUAAUCACUAGUCAAUGUUUACGGCAUAGCCCAGAUAACUACACUUCUUCGAUUCAGAAUUACGUUAUAGUCAAUUACAGAAAAAAAGAUCAGUCCCCAGAUCAAGCAAGACCUUUCCGAAUCUAUGAUCAAGAAUAA